AUGAAAGAAAAGGGGCAUGCGUUGGGCGCGGCAGCAGCAGCAGCAACGGGGCCUCGUAGCUUAUCCACGGACACUGGGACGACACGCACCGGCGCAAAGCACGGCGCAAUCACGCACGCAAUGGAACAAGCAAUCAGCGACGACGGCCCUGAUCGGCGUGAACAUGAAAACUCGACGGAAAACUACGGGACGGCAAGGACCCACGCCCAGAAAAGCAACCACAACCAAACCCACACGUAG